AUGUCCAAUUCUAAAAAUAAAGAAUUUCAAGUCUGGUAUGAAGAGCAAGUGAAAAAGCAACACCCAUUUGAUCUCAAGCAAGAACUCAUAGCCUACUGCCAAUCAGAUGUCGCCCUUCUUAAAGCCGGCUGUCUUAAAUUUGUGAAUGAAUUCCAGUCCACGUCUGGGUUUGAUCCGAUGGAAAAAUGUGCCACGAUUGCGUCAGCAUGCAACAGAUAUUGGCGUAAAAAACAUCUUUCCAAGGAUACUGUGGCCGUUGAACCUGUAAGAGGAUGGCGUGGGGCACAAGUCAAUCAAUCAGAAGUUGCACUAGAAUGGUUGAUGUGGCAGGAACAUCAGCUUGAAUCAGACAGCCCACGUAUCCAACAUGUUCGUAAUGGUGGGGAGAAGUUGAUACCCGCAGGGCCCGAGGCAUACCAUGUCGAUGGUUUUGAUAGCCACACAAACACUGUGUAUGAAUUUCAUGGCUGUUUGUUUCACGGGUGCAGACGUUGUCAUAAAGACCGCAAGAAAAUGGCGUUUUCAUCAGGCAGCUACACGAUGGAAGCCUUGUGUCAGCAGACGGAAGACAAAUGUAAGACACUCCGACAGAUGGGGUAUAAAGUGGUUCAAAUCUGGGAAUGUCAAUGGAAGGAGCAGAAAAAGGCCUCAAAGGAAAUUCAAGAUUUUCUCAAGGAAAUCAAUCUUGUACCACAGCUUAAUCCGAGAGAUGCGUUCUUUGGAGGUCGAACUGGGGCGGCGUCGCUUUAUUACAAGGCCAACACAGAUGAAGGCGAGCAAAUCAGAUACGUCGACGUCACCUCAGAAUAUCCCUAUGUAAAAAAAUAUGGCACCUACCCCAUAGGUCACCCCGAAAUAUUUUUGGAACCAGACGACCAAGAUCCAGCCUCCUACUUCGGUAUAUUGACAGUGGACAUUUUACCGCCUUAUAAUUUAUACAAUCCCUUAUUGCCUCUUCGACAUGGAAAAAAACUGACGUUUCCAUUAUGUCGAAAAUGCGUGGAAAAUGAAAGUGCCAAACCGAUGUUGGGAAGAAAUUAUUAUUGUAGUCAUGGUGUGGAGGAUCGCAUGCUCACCGGUACUUGGUGUACACCCGAAAUCAUGAAAGCUGUCGAAAAAGGGUAUCAGGUUCUUCGCAUACACGAAGCAUGGCAUUUCCCACCAGACCAAAGAAAACAAGGUCUGUUUGCCCCGUACGUAGACACCUGGUUGAAGAUAAAACAAGAAAGUAGUGGUUACCCCAGCUGGGCACAAACGGACGCGCAAAAAGAAGAUUAUGUUAAAAAUUACAAGGCAAGAGAAGGGAUAGACUUAGACCCCCAGCACAUCAAGAAAAAUCCAGGAAGAAAGGCCACUGCCAAACUGAUGCUGAACUCCUUUUGGGGAAAGUUUGGCGAACAAAUGAACAAGAUGAAAACGAAGCAAAUCACAGAACCACACGAGCUGAUUGAUCAUUUAAAUAACACAACGAUUGAAAUAUCAGACGUACGCAUUUUGAGUGCUGAUGUGAUUGAAUUGGCGUAUAAGAAGAUAGAAGAGGAUGCAGUAAAGGGGUCCAAGACCAACAUAUUCAUAGCAGCAUUUACCACCUGUCAGGCCCGUCUUAAGCUUUAUGAAUCUUUGGAGGCGUUGGGCGAUCGAGUCUUGUAUUAUGAUACAGACUCGGUCAUUUACACGUGGAAGCCAGGUCAAACAGAAAUUCCCUUAGGUGAUUACCUUGGCGAUAUGACCAAUGGAUUGGAUGAAGGGGAUUACAUCGUGGAAUUUGUGUCAGGGGGUGCCAAGAACUAUGGGUAUGCGACGAAACAUGGGAAAAUCGUGUGUAAAGUUCGUGGCUUUUCCCUAAACGUGCGUGGUGCCAAACAGCUUAAUUAUCAGGUCAUGAGGCAAAAUAUUUUGGAUGAAAUUUUAGACCCGCAGGACGAAAGAAGAGACACUGACAUUGUGAACCCGAGACAUUUUAAGCGUGAUCCAAUUGCCAAGAAGAUUAAGACAGAAACACAAGUCAAAAAAUAUGGUUUGGUAUUCGACAAGCGGGUACUUCACGUAGGAACAUUUAAAUCGUAUCCCUACGGAUAUGCCCAGUUUACAGGAUUCGAUGCACAAGACAUUUUAAACAUUGAAACACUUAUAUGA